ACUCACUCACUCUCUAGUUGUGAAUUGUGGUCUUAGCAAGCAACAAACUCUCUGAAAGUAGGUGACGAUGGAGCAUUAUCAUGUUCUUUUUUUGUGUGCCCAUUCCUCGCGUGCAAUUUUCUUGUUCAAUUUUGAAUCUGUGACCCAUUUAUUCCAAUACUAGGAUAGUGCUAAAAGUAUUGGAUCUUUGUUUUGUUCCUUCUUGGUGUGACUCUGAUUUUCUAACAUGUGAUUGAAUUUGUGACUCAUUUUUGUAUAGUGUUCAUCAAAUUCUCAGUAUUAGAAUUUUAUUAAUUUUUUUAUUUGUCGAUAGUACUAAAAAGAUUGGAUCUUUCUUCUUUUUUCUUUUUUUCUUUUCUGGUUGAUCUUUCACGUGUUGAAUCUGUGACCCAUUUUUGUAUAGUGUUUUCUUUUUAUAACGAUCCAAUUCUCGGUAGUAGAAUUAGCUCCAUUCUUGUCUGUGUGGAUGGUACUAAAAAGAUUGGAUCUUUUCUAUUGCCUUCCUUUCUGCGUGCUGCUAAUUUUCAUUUUUGGAUUCCUCCUGUGUUUGAUCUUUCCAUUUUUGGGUGAUCUUGUCAGUGAUUUUUUGUUUUGUUUUGGUUCCCUUGAUUUUCCUGGGUUUGAUUUGAUAUAAGCUGUAAUGGGUUUGUGUUUCUUUUGAUGGUUGUAUGUUAAAUCAGGUAGGUGAUGCUGUUGCUAUUUACUUUUCCAUGAGUAGAUCAUGUGUUUGUUUGCUUAAUUGAAUGAGUCUCUCGUUGUGGAUUUUCACUUGGUUGAUUUGAUUCUGGGAUCUUUUUAUUAUUCCAUUUUCUUGGAUAAUUUCUUGAAGUAUAGAUCUUCUCUGCCUACUUUCUUUUAUUAAGAAUCUAAUAAAAGAUAAAGGCUUUUUCUUUGGUUGGGGUUGGGGAGGGUACUUGAGAUGAAAGGUUUCGCAAUUGCUGCUUUUGUGGUGAAUCUUUAUAUGUUGUUGAUCUGAGGCAUUUAUGUUUAACUCUGACACUGUAAAAGACAAGCAUAGAUUUAAAAUGAGAAUUCAGUGAUACUGUAUUGGUAUGUAUUACUUUUAUGUGACUUUUCAUUGUGGUGAUUGGACCCAUUUGCUUGGACCACCUUGAAUCCCUAAUCCAUCUGUAUUUUUAAGAAUAGAAGGCAAUUUGUUUGUUAGUAAAAAUAUUGUUUAAAAACUUUCGUAAUCAAACCAAGGAAAAAACAUGGAAAAGGAUAUUUAUCUUCUACUGUUCCUUUAAAUUAUAAUGAGUAAUUUCUGAAAACAAUUCCAAAAAAACAAGUUAAAACUUACCAUGCUAUUGUUCCCUACUUUGUUUCUUUCUUAGAUGAUAUGGUGUCAUUGAUAUGAUAUGGGUAGUGUUAAAUGUUAAUAAUAAAUUAUAUUUUUCAUAAUACAUGGCUACAUUUUCAUUAUGUUGUUUUUUUGGUACUGUCUAGGAUUGUCCUGAAGUUAGUGUAAAAUUGGCUAGCAAGUGCUGAUGGCAUUGGUCUCUGGAAGAAGUUCUGCUCUGAACCCAAAUGCACCUCUAUUCAUACCUGCUUCCCUUCGUCAGGUGGAGGAUUUUUCACCCCAAUGGUGGGAGCUUGUGAAAUCUUCCACAUGGUUUCGUCACUAUUGGUUGAGCCAGCAUAAGGAGGAAGAUUUUGGAGAAUCCGGUGAUGACUCUGCUAAUGAUGAUAUGGAGGACAUGCUCUCAGAAACUUUUGAUCUAGGCAUGGAAGAAGACUUGAAUGUUCUAGAAAAUGAGUUUGAGCAGUUGAUGUUCUCUGAAGCUCAAGAUCAACCAGUUCAGGAUGAUCCUAAUGAUGGAAAAAGGCCUCCAUUAGAUCUUAACAAAGAUGUCAAAGCUCUUCUUAACAACUUGACACCAAAAUCACCAAAGGAGAGGGGUCCCAAGUCACCUUCUGGGCCUGCAAAGCACCAUGAGAAGCCUGCAAAGCAUGUGAACAUCAAGUGUGCACCUCAACGAAUUAUUCACCAACCUCGUUGAGAGAAACUUAGAAGCUCAUGGUGAUGAUGACUUGCUAAACAGCAAGUUCAGCACUCGAGUUUGAAAUCACUGUUGAAACAAUUUUUGUAUAUAGAAGGUGCAGCGUUUCUGUAUUUUUCUUCUUUAGUGUCAUGUAUAUUUGACGUGUAGCCCUCGGAACUAUAAGUAGGUGAGACACUAGUUAUGACCAGCCGAAAUCCGGGAAUGUCUGUUUGAUCAACUUUUCUUCAUCAUCUCAUUGGGAAAUAAAAGGUUACAUGGAAUAUGAAUUUAUGGAUUUGAAUUUUACGUUUAUCAUGUUCAUUUUGAGUUAGCUUUCCAUGUCCAUCGUGAUUUACAAUUUGGAAUGAAAUGGUUGAGUAGCUGUUUUUCUGUUUAGGCAAACACGUAUCCAUUAUAUGGUCAAGCGAAACUUAGUUAACAACUUUGAUAAGAACCCCCGAGGUCCAAGAAUUUCUGAACGCAUAGAUAAAUUUAUUACUCGUCUAAAAUUUCAGACAGAUUCGAUAACCGAACCAUGACAUAUUUGCUUAAAGAAGCAAAAGUUUUGAUAUGGUGAAACCUCAAUUCAUUGAUAGUAAAGGAUUAAGAGAGUAGAUUGACCACCAUAAAUAAGUUUUGAUUAUGAAUUUAGAUGCCAAAAUAGAAACAACUGUAUAAAAUUCAACAUGCAACUAAUCUAGAUACACUUUCCCCCUCAUGCCAACAUGGAUUAAAAUUUGCUUCUCUCUCUCUUCGUUUCAUCAGCGGCAAGAAAGUCAAGGAUCUUGUAAAAAAAAUACCUGUUUUGUAAUUCUUAAUUUAUGAAAAUGAUCUACCUAAUUGCCUGUUUCUGUUGACACUUUCCGUUUAUGUGACCUCUUCCUUUUCCUAUUCCUUUUUACUGUGUUGUCUCCUUUCAUUUCCUGCACGAGUAACAAUUAAUGAACAUGUAACAGAUCUCUACGAAACAAAAUUUAACUUCUAGGCAAUAAACUCAUUUCAAUAUUAAACACCAUAGCUGAAAAGAACAUACUGCGAAAAUGCAAUUUAGAGCUCACAAAACCAGAAGGGUUAAAUAGGAACUAUACUUGCAACAAUAUGUAAGUUGUUUUAUAGAAUUCCAAAACAAUUAUUCAUGUUUCGGCGUAUGGUAAAAAGAACUAGGUAAAGUGAAUUAAAGUGUGGUCUUCACCUGAAUGGUUGGGAUGCCAAAUAACUGAUUUGGUAAAAAAAAUAUGACACAAGAUUUACACGGAUGGUGAAUCAAUUCCAAAGUUUAUAAGGUAAAUGUUUACAUGUUCAAUUUGAGAAAACAAAAAUUUUGCCAACCCUACCUUCAAAGGACCAAUAUUUUGGUUUUCACAACUUUUCUUCUUGCAUGAAAGUGGGUUUGGACCCUGCAGAGUUUAAAUGCAAUAUCGUAAAAAUAUGACAAUACUAAAUGGGAACCAUAAGCGGCUCAGAGUAAUAAAGCUUCGCUCAAGUUAAUUAAAACUUAAGUUCACUUGUAAAUAAACUAGACAUCGGAAACUGUGUCAAACACUGCAG